UAGACCGACAAAUCAACGCACCUCUUUACUUUCUCUCAAAAUUUUAAAAGGAAAAAAAUUAAAAAAAUUAAAAAAAAAGGAAAAAUGAGAUUUCAUUUCUCUCCAAAAACACCGCUCCUCUCACUCUCUUCUUCCUCUAUCACUUCCCUUUGCCUCCGUCCUUUCCUUCCUUCUGCCCCUAAAUCCCAUUUUUACCCUUCCCUCGCAUGCCACGUGUCUACCGGCGGCAACCUUCGCAUGGACUCGACUUCACCGGAUCCCUCCUCUUCCUCCUCCGUCUCCGUUGACUCCGUCGCCGACGGUUUGAAAAACCAAAGCUUCAGAGAACAUGAUAUCAGUAAGAAUAAUAAUAAUAUGAACAAUGAAAAUAAGAAGAAUAAUGGAAAAUUGAGCCUUGAAGAUCUUAAUUGGGACCAUUCAUUCGUUAGAGAACUGCCUGGUGACCCUAGAAACGAUUCAAUUCCACGUCAGGUUUUCCAUGCAUGUUAUACAAAAGUUUUGCCAUCAGCUGAAGUAGAGAAUCCUAAGCUUGUUGCCUGGUCAGAUUCAGUGGCUGAUUUGCUUGAUUUGGAUCCUAAAGAAUUUGGAAGACCAGAUUUUCCCCUUAAAUUUUCUGGGGCUUCUCCCUUGGCAGGAGCGGUGCCAUAUGCUCAAUGCUAUGGAGGACAUCAGUUUGGCACAUGGGCUGGUCAACUGGGUGACGGCCGUGCCAUUACUCUUGGGGAGAUUAUGAAUUCGAAAUUAGAAAGGUGGGAACUGCAGCUUAAAGGAGCUGGGAAGACGCCAUACAGUCGAUUUGCAGAUGGGCUUGCAGUUUUACGGAGUAGCAUACGUGAAUUUCUUUGCAGUGAAGCAAUGCAUUUUCUAGGAAUUCCAACUACUCGCGCUCUUUGUCUUGUGACUACAGGAAAAUUUGUAACUCGGGACAUGUUUUAUGAUGGCAAUCCGAAGGAUGAGCCUGGUGCAGUUGUCUGUAGAGUUUCCCAGUCCUUUCUGCGGUUUGGGUCAUACCAAAUACAUGCUUCAAGGGGAGGAGAGGACCUUGGUAUUGUACGUUCGUUGGCAGACUAUGCCAUCAGACAUCAUUUCCCUCACAUUGAGAACAUGAGCAAAAGUGAGAGCUUGUCUUUUAGCACUGGUGACAAUGAUCAAUCAGUUGUGGAUUUGACUUCAAACAAGUAUGCAGCAUGGACAGUGGAGAUUGCUGAGCGUACUGCCUCUUUGGUUGCUAGAUGGCAGGGAGUUGGCUUUACUCAUGGUGUGCUGAACACGGACAACAUGAGUAUUUUAGGGCUCACCAUUGAUUAUGGUCCUUUUGGAUUUUUGGAUGCUUUUGAUCCAAGUUACACACCAAAUGUUACAGAUCUUCCAGGGAGAAGAUACUGUUUUGCAAAUCAGCCUGAUAUUGGCUUAUGGAAUAUUGCACAAUUUGCCUCAACUUUGAUGACUGCUAACUUGAUAAGUGAUCAAGAAGCAAAUUAUGCGAUGGAAAGGUAUGGGACAAAAUUUAUGGACGAUUAUCAAGCAAUACUGAGCCAAAAGCUUGGCCUCCAAAAAUACAAUAAACAGCUUGUCAAUAAACUUCUUAGUAAUUUGGCUGUUGAUAAAGUGGAUUACACGAACUUCUUUCGGGCACUUUCCAAUAUCAAAGCAGAUCCUAGCAUUCCAGGUGAUGAGUUGUUGGUGCCAUUGAAAGCUGUUCUGCUAGACAUGGGCAAGGAACGCAAGGAGGCGUGGACUAGUUGGGUACAAUCCUACAUUCAAGAGCUUGUUGCGAGUGGCGUCUCAGAUGAGGAGAGGAAAGCUUCAAUGAACUCAGUUAACCCUAAAUAUGUUCUCAGGAACUACUUAUGUCAGAGCGCUAUCGAUGCAGCUGAAAUGGGUGACUUGGAAGAAGUCCGAAGGCUCCUUAAAGUAAUGGAGCGACCAUAUGAUGAACAACCGGGAAUGGAAAAAUAUGCUCGUUUGCCUCCAGCAUGGGCUUAUCGGCCUGGUGUGUGCAUGCUAUCCUGUUCGUCAUGAGUUUAUCACUUGAGAAUUACUCAUAAAUCCUCUUCAAUUCAUAAAUAGGAGGAUUAAAUGUGUUUGAGCGUGAUCAAACCCAUAUACUUCUACACUAGCAACAAUGCUGAUGCCAGCUAGGCUAAGACUCACUCGGCAAUCUUACUAGUGUAGUAAGCAUCAAAUUUAUGCUGCUUUUGAGUUUAUGUGAUUUUCUAAGGUGUUUGAUAUGUUUGUCCGAUGUAUAUCCGGAGAUAUGCAUAAUUGUAUAGUAGAUGUGAUCUUAAUACAUAAAAACAUAAAAAAGAUGGAUAUGCUUAUUGGAUAUAUAUAUAUAUGUAUGUAAUGUAAUGUAUCCGGUAUUCAUAUAUGAAUUUCAAUGAAGAGGUGGCCCAAAUUAGAUUAGAA